AUGCUUUCCUUUUCUUUCCCUGCCCCAGUUGUAACCUUUGUGGCCUUCUGGCUCCAUGGCUAUGCAUUUGCCUUCGGUGAACACAGCAAUUUCAUCGGUACCCAGUUUUUCCUCUCACUAGACAACACAGAUCUGGUUCAUUUCUUCUUCAACUACGUACGCUGUGCUGUGGCUACGACUGUGGCAUUAGGGACUGCCAGUGAGAGGACAGAACCAGUUGGCUACCUGAUGUCGGCCUAUGUCUUCUCUGGGUUCGUUUAUCCUGUUGCAUGUCACUGGGUUUGGGACCAGCAAGGAAUCUUCAACCCACAAUCCACUUUAUAUCCCUCACAUGAUUAUGCAGGCAGUGGAAUGAUUUUUGUGCUUGGUGGCACGGCUGCAGUUGUUUCUUUGAGGGCCAUUGGACCGCGAGCCGGACACAAAAAGCCUCAUUUUAAAAAGAGGACGGGUAACCCAACUAUGAUGGCUAUGGGUGCAUUCCUUCAGCUGCUGGGAUUCCUUGGCCUGGUGUUGGGGGCCCAUCCUCGCAUAUUAGCUGCUGAGGAGGGCCAGUUUCUGGGGCUGUAUGCCAUCAACCUCCUGCUUGCAGCAGCCAGUGGUGGUCUGUAUGGUUUGUUUUUUCAGCGCAUCUAUCAGAACAACUACGAUCUCGACAGCCUUGUGGGUGGCUCCAUCGCCGGCAUGGUGGCUGUGUGCGCGGGGGUUGACUCCUAUAUACCCGGCUUAGCCGUUAUGUGUGGAACCACUGCGUCAUUCUUCUUCUUUGCUGCGCGUGUGCUUAUAAGCCGCAUGCAGGUGGACGAUCCUCUCAAUGUCAUCCCCGUUUAUCUGGUGCCAGGGUUAUGGGGCUUAGUGUAUGCUGGGCUGCUCUCUGAUCAAGGGACUAUUGGAGGAAAGAAUGAGGUUUUUGGCAAUAACAGCCUUGUGGCUCUGAUUCUGUUUCUGUGGGCAGUGCUCAUUAUGCACCCACUACUCUCCUUCUUCAUGUGCUUUGGGAUUUUAAGGGUACCUCUCUACAUAGAGAAACGCGGUAAGAUGAACCCACACUGGGCUGCUCAAGGCCAAGACGAGAUGCAAACAGAGCAUUUUUGUGAUUGGACAGAAACUCCAGAGGUCUAG